AUGUCUGACAUCUCGGAGUCGGACAUCCCGGAGGAGGCCUGGUGGAGAGUCGUGCGUUGGUUAAGCUUUGACUCAUUGCACGGACUGUGUUUGAAGGAUUGGGCAGCAUGGGUGGAGGAUGAGGGCGACCUCCGCUGCUACUCCGAGGCGCUGCAGCGGGGGCCUCUGGCAGCCCCGAUUUCUUGGAUGCUUGGAGCGACUGCUGAUGGCCAGAUCUCGAUCCUCGAGAACCCCGACCAGGAUGUUGCAAAGAAGGCUGCCCUUGCAAUCAUCCUGGAGCGGCUUGCGCACCGCAGCGGAAGUUCACCCAGUGCUGAACAUAACAGUCUCAGCAUUCUUUUCCCGCCCGGGUAUCAUGACUUGCAGCUGAUGACUCUCCAGCCUGCGGGCCUGCUGUGGCAUAGCCAAGCGGGACAAGAUCAUAACGUUUCGGCGUGUUGUGGCGCAGCCCAGCAGGUCGACUACGAAGCCGAAACGCUGCUUGUCGCCUCCAAGCAUGGCCGCAUUAUUGGCGGAGCCACGCUGGCUCGGUGCCCUCGCGGCGUGGUGGUGAAGGAGGUCGGCGCGCUAGAAGGUCUGGGAGGUGGUACAGCGCUGCUGGCAGCUGCCGCAUCGUUUGCGCGUCGCAACGAUGCGGUCUACCUCCUCCUCUCGCCGGUCGACUCGGAUGCCGCUCGGUUUUGGGGUCGUGGUGGCUUCUACCCCCUGCAUUGGGGGUGGUUUGCCUACAACCGCUGCCCCGAGCGGCACUCCGAGUUGGCCGCGCGGCUUCACCACGAAGCUGACGGCCUGCUGACGGAGGAGGAAUCGGUCGCGGCGGCCAAGAGCUUCGCAGACGUGGCGGGCGAGUGGCAUUGCAACUGGGUGCUGUGGCUCGAGUUUCUCGGCCUCGUCGGGUCCUGGCAGAGGAGGAGGCGAUGCGGCGAGGGCCAGUUGUCCGCUUGUCAUCUCUUGGGCGUGACCUUGCAGGCAAAGCAGGCCGCCUUGGAAGCGGGUCGCAGCGCUGGCCUGCCGGCGGACGAGUUGGCACCGUCCGUGCAACGAUUGGAAGAGCUGCAGCGGAGGGAGGAGGCCAACAAAGCACUGGAGGAGGCGAUGAGGCAAGGAACAAUCGAAGAUCUGCGAGAAGCCCUGACGCGAGCUGAGCUGGCUGGGGUCGGUGAUCUCCUUCUCGAUGACGCUCGGGAGUUGUUGCACCGCUGUGAGCAGCAGUCGAAGGCAACGCAAAGCUUGCAGGUUGCAGCGAUAUCCGGUGGCAUGGCUGAGCUACGUGCAGCUAUAUGCCAAGGGCAGGUUGCUGGUCUCCCAGCCAACAGUAUGGCUGCUGCCUCGGGGAAGCUAGCUGAAUUGGAGGAGGAAGAGCAAGAAGCAGAGAGGCAGCGAGAGCUCGAACGACAGGCGAUGUUAGGGCAGGCAAGGAGAGACCAUGCCACAGAGAUCUUGGCAGAGGCUUGCAGAUCCCGGGAUGUUUCCAGCCUGCAAACAGCCAUUGAUGCUGCACACAAGGCAGGGCUGGAUGGCCACGGACUGGAACAGGCCACGAAGCUUUUAGCGGAGGUACUUGAGGAGGCGAAGCAAGCUUCUGCACGGCAGACUUUGCAAGAAGCCCUCGUGACCCGAAGCAGAGAGGCCCUCCAGGAGGCUGUGCGACAGGGUAAGGCAGCGAGGUUGCCAUCCAAAGAGCUCGAGGCUGCACGUGCCGCACUUGGGGCAGAAGAUGCCAAAGCCAGAGCACACGCCAGGCUGCAGCUUGCUAUUCAGGCCAAAGACAUUGUGCAGUUGCGAGGAGCCAUCGCGACGACAGAGCGAAGUGGCUUGACUGCGGAGGAAAUGCGCGCAGCCAAAGACAUGCUACGCGAGCUGGAGAACAAGGCCGCCAGGAAGGCGUUGCUGGACGCAGAAGCUGGCGACAGCAUUCCUCACCUGCAGGCAGCCUUAGAAGCGGGUCGCAGCGCUGGCCUGCGAGCGGACGAGUUGGCACCGUCCGUGCGGCGAUUGGAGGAGUUGCAGAGGAACGAAGAGGCGAGCAAAGCUCUGCAAGAGGCGAUGAGGCAAAGAACAAUCGAAGAUCUGCGAGAAGCCCUGACGCGAGCUGAGCUGGCUGGGGUCGGUGCUCCCCGUCUUGACGACGCUCGGGAGUUGUUGCACCGCUGCGAGCAGCAGUCGAAGGCAACGCAAAGCUUGCAGCUUGCAGUGAUUUCCGGUGGCAUGGCUGAGCUACGUGCAGCUAUAUGCCAAGGGCAGGUUGCUGGCCUACCAGCCGACAGUAUGGCUGCUGCCUCGGGGAAGCUAGCUGAAUUGGAGGAGGAAGAGCAAGAAGCAGAGAGGCAGCGAGAGCUCGAACGACAGGCCGCCAGGAAGGCGUUGCUGGACGCAGAAGCUGGCGACAGCAUUCCUCACCUGCAGGCCGCCUUAGAAGCGGGUCGCAGCGCUGGCCUGCGGGCGGACGAGUUGGCACCGUCCGUGCGGCGAUUGGAGGAGUUGCAGAGGAACGAAGAGGCGAGCAAAGCUCUGCAAGAGGCGAUGAGGCAAGGAACAAUCGAAGAUCUGCGAGAAGCCCUGACGCGAGCUGAGCUGGCUGGGGUCGGUGCUCCCCGUCUUGACGACGCUCGGGAGUUGUUGCGCCGCCGUGAGCAACAGUCGAAGGCAACCCAAGGCUUGCAGAAUGCAGUGAUGCGAGCGGCCAUGGAUGCAGCACACGCCAAAGCUGCAGCCCGAAGUCUUCUGGAAUCCGCCCUGGCCUCCGAUGACGUGGAGCGUCUGCGUGAGGCCCUGCGGCGUGGUGAGCUGGCGAAGUUGGAAGACGCCGAGAUGGGGGCCUGCCGGCGAGCACUCGUGCAAGCCGAAGCACGUGCUCGGGCGGCGCUCCAAGUGGCCGAUCGCUCAGCCUUGCCUUAG